GGAGGAGGAGGAGGAGGAGGAGGAGGAGGAGGAGGAGGAGGAGGAGGAGGAGGAGGAGGAGGAGGAGGAGCCGUGGGCACUGGAGCCCGGCACAAAGUGAAACUCCUGGUAGCCGCACACCCUCGGGCGGGACCUGGUCCCCGCUCUCCUCUGCUCCCCGCGCCCAUGGCUCUAAGCAAAGGGCUGCGGCUGCUGGCGCGGCUGGACCCCACUGGCCCGAGCAGCGUGCUGUUGGAGGCGCGGGGCCGCGGCGACUGCCUGCUCUUCGAGGCCGGCGCAGUGGCCACGCUGGCUCCGGAAGAGAAGGAAGUCAUUAAAGGACUGUAUAGCAAGCUGACGGAUGCCUAUGGCUGCCUCGGGGAGCUGAGGUUACAAUCCGGUGGCGUCCCCUUGAGCUUUCUGGUGUUGGUGACAGGCUGCAUGUCAGUGGGCAGAAUUCCAGAUGCAGAGAUCUACAAAAUCACUGCCACUGAGUUGUACCCCCUGCAGGAAGAGGCCAAGGAAGAGGACCGCCUGCCCACCUUAAAGAAAAUCCUGAGCUCAGGGGUGUUCUAUUUCGCAUGGCCCAAUGAUGGCGCCUGCUUCGAUCUGACCAUCAGGGCUCAGAAACAGGGUGAUGACGGCUCUGAAUGGGGGACCUCUUUCUUCUGGAACCAGCUAUUGCAUGUGCCUCUGCGGCAGCACCAGGUGAACUGUCAUAACUGGUUGCUGAAAGUCAUCUGUGGGGUGGUGACCAUCCGCACAGUAUAUGCCUCCCACAAGCAGGCCAAGGCCUGUCUCAUCUCUCGCAUCAGCUGUGAACGCGCAGGUGCUCGCUUCCUCACCCGUGGUGUGAACGAUGAUGGCCACGUGUCCAACUUUGUGGAGACAGAGCAGACGAUUUACAUGGAUGAUGGAGUAUCGUCCUUUGUCCAGAUCCGAGGCUCCGUUCCGCUGUUCUGGGAGCAACCAGGACUUCAGGUUGGCUCCCAUCAUCUGAGACUGCACAGAGGCCUAGAGGCCAACGCUCCUGCUUUUGAAAGGCACAUGGUGCUUCUGAAGGAGCAAUACGGUAAGCAGGUGGUUGUGAACCUGCUGGGUAGCAGAGGCGGUGAAGAGGUGCUCAACAGAGCCUUCAAGAAGUUGCUCUGGGCUUCUUGCCACGCGGGUGACACACCUAUGAUAAAUUUUGACUUCCAUCAGUUUGCCAAAGGUAGGAAGCUAGAGAAAUUGGAGAACCUGUUGAGACCUCAGUUACAGCUACACUGGGAAGACUUCGGCGUGUUUGCGAAGGGCGAGAAUGUAAGUCCACGGUUUCAGAAAGGCACUCUGCGGAUGAACUGUCUCGACUGUCUGGAUAGAACCAACACUGUGCAGUGCUUCAUUGCUCUUGAGGUCCUUCAUCUGCAGCUUGAGAGCUUGGGGCUAAAUUCAAAGCCCAUCAUUGACCGUUUUGUGGAGUCCUUCAAAGCCAUGUGGUCUCUGAAUGGGCACAGCCUGAGCAAGGUGUUCACAGGGAGCAGGGCCCUGGAAGGAAAGGCCAAGGUGGGAAAGCUGAAGGAUGGGGCCCGAUCCAUGUCUCGCACCAUCCAGUCCAACUUCUUCGACGGGGUGAAGCAGGAGGCCAUCAAGCUACUGCUAGUCGGAGAUGUCUACAAUGAAGAGUCUACAGACAAAGGACGGAUGCUGCUGGACAACACGGCCCUUCUGGCGACCCCCAGGAUCUUGAAGGCCAUGACAGAACGCCAGUCGGAAUUCACGAAUUUCAAGCGCAUCCAGAUUGCUGUGGGGACCUGGAAUGUGAACGGAGGAAAGCAAUUCCGUAGCAAUCUCCUGGGGACGGCUGAGCUCACGGACUGGCUCCUAGAUGCUCCUCAGCUGUCAGGAGCAGUGGACUCCCAGGAUGAUGGCAGUCCUGCUGACGUAUUUGCCAUCGGGUUUGAGGAGAUGGUGGAACUGAGUGCGGGAAAUAUUGUCAAUGCCAGCACCACCAACAGGAAGAUGUGGGGCGAGCAGCUUCAGAAAGCCAUCUCCCGCUCCCAUCGGUACAUCCUCUUGACCUCCGCACAGCUGGUGGGCGUCUGUCUUUACAUCUUUGUACGUCCGUACCACGUCCCGUUCAUCAGAGACGUGGCCAUCGACACCGUGAAGACCGGCAUGGGGGGAAAGGCGGGGAAUAAGGGUGCUGUGGGCAUCCGCUUCCAGCUCCACAGCACCAGUUUCUGCUUCGUCUGUAGCCACCUGACGGCUGGGCAGUCUCAGGUGAAGGAGAGGAAUGAAGACUACCGGGAGAUCACGCACAAACUCUCCUUCCCUUCGGGGAGAAACAUAUUUUCACAUGAUUACGUGUUUUGGUGUGGCGAUUUCAACUACCGUAUUGAUCUUACUUACGAAGAAGUCUUCUAUUUUGUUAAACGCCAAGACUGGAAGAAACUUAUGGAAUUCGAUCAGUUACAGUUACAGAAAUCAAGUGGAAAAAUUUUUAAAGACUUUCAUGAAGGAGCCGUUAACUUCGGACCCACCUACAAGUAUGACGUUGGAUCAGCUGCCUACGACACAAGUGACAAGUGCCGUACCCCAGCCUGGACAGACAGGGUGCUGUGGUGGAGGAAGAAGCAUCCAUAUGAUAAAACAGCUGGUGAACUCAACCUUCUAGACAGCGAUCUAGACGGCGAUCCCCAAAUCAGACACACCUGGUCUCCAGGCACUCUGAAAUACUACGGCCGUGCAGAGCUGCAGGCGUCUGAUCACAGACCUGUGCUGGCCAUUGUGGAGGUGGAGGUUCAAGAGGUGGAUGUAGGAGCCCGGGAGAGGGUCUUCCAGGAAGUGUCCUCUGUCCAAGGCCCGCUGGAUGCCACCGUUGUUGUAAACCUCCAGUCUCCAACCCUAGAAGAGAAAAAUGAAUUUCCAGAGGACCUGCGCACAGAACUUAUGCAGACUUUGGGGAAUUAUGGGACGAUUAUUCUAGUCAGGAUCAACCAAGGGCAGAUGCUGGUGACGUUUGCAGACAGCCACUCGGCUCUCAGUGUGCUGGAUGUGGAUGGUAUGAAGGUGAAAGGCAGGGCCGUGAAGAUUCGACCAAAGACCAAAGAUUGGCUAGAAGGCCUGAGAGAGGAGCUUCUCCGGAAGCGAGACAGCAUGGCCCCUGUGUCUCCCACCGCCAACUCCUGCUUGUUGGAGGAGAACUUUGACUUCUCGAGUCUGGACUAUGAGUCCGAAGGGGAUGUUCUUGAAGAGGAUGAAGACUAUUUAGUGGAUGGGUUUGGCCAGCCUGUAGUCUCAGACAGUGAGCUCGGUGGAGACAACUCUUCCGACACCAUGAGCUCCUUGACACCCGCCAGCAAGUCUCCCGCCCUGGCUAAAAAGAAGCAACAUCCAACAUACAAAGACGACGCUCACCUGGUGACCUUAAAGCAGGAGCUGGAAGUUGCUGGGAAUUUUCGCCACCGUUCUCCGAGCAGGUCCCUGUCCGUCCCCAAUAGGCCUCGGCCACCUCACCCACCACAGAGACCCCCCCCUCCAACUGGCUUAAUGGUGAAGAAGUCAGCCUCAGACGCGUCCAUCUCUUCUGGCACUCAUGGACAAUAUUCCAUCUUGCAGACAGCGAAACUUCUCCCAGGAGCACCCCAGCAACCACCCAAGGCUAGAACUGGAAUAAGUAAACCUUACAACGUCAAACAGAUCAAAACCACCAACGCUCAGGAGGCAGAAGCAGCUAUCCGGUGUCUCCUGGAAGCUAGCGGAGGGGUCCCGGAAUCAGCCCCAGGUGCCAUACCCCUGAGAAACCAAGGGUCUUCUAAGCCAGAGGCCACCCUGGGGCCCCCAGCCCUGCCCCGCCGGCCUGCUCCAAGGGUUCCCACUAUGAAGAAACCAACUUUGAGGAGGACAGGAAAGGUGUACUCGGGCAUCUCCCAGUGCUUGCGUGAAGAGCUGCGCUCUGCUGCCUGCACCCCACACGCAGUGAGUGCACAGGACUGCGGAGACCUUAACAACAGAUGGAGAAUGCCACGUUUCUCGCACUAUAUUCACACAAAAAAAUGGAAGAACGUAUCUCUCAGUUUUCAAGAUCUCUGGCUAAAGUUUCGCAGAUGAACUGUAGAGUACGUUGGUACAAAAACGCAUCCUUUGUCUUCGGCUUGCAAAUGUUCAAGUGGUUGACGUCCACAGGAAUUAGAUCCCCAAUGCCUAAAUCUGAAGAAAGCAGAAGUGUCAAUAAAACAAAGGGAAGCCAUGCUUGCCUAGCAGAACUCUGACUCCCUGUGUGAAAAAGGAUGCCCAGUAAGUAAGUCUCAGUUUGUGCUUUUCCUAAAAUCUCACCUGUGUUCUAAGCAGAGCCUGCGCACUGGCAUUGUAGAGACUUCCCUGUACCUGCAGGCUAUGAGAAAUUUUCUUCUAUGAAUGAGGUGCAUGGGAACCACAUGGGAACCAUUCCAGACCCAAAUUCCAGGUGUGUGGAGGGGUGCGUGUAUAGAGGGGGUGUGUGGAGGGGUAGGUGUGGAGGCCGGAUGCAGUACUUGAGCAGUCACCUGCAUUUGAUCUCGGUCUGAAGUCUACCUGGAUGCAGGUAAGAAGAGAUGCCAGCAAGCCAGCCACUGAGUGGAGGCAUGAGGGUAAUCGUGCGGUCAGGAUUUCUAUGGCAAAGCUAGGACUCUGCAGGCAGCUGCCUAGGAGACUGCCUCUGCUGUUGCUUUAAGUUUCUAAGACAUCUGGCAGCCAUUCUUUGUAAUCUUCAAGUAGCUGCUUUGUACCCUCAGCCUAGGGCCUGGGCCCUGCUAGAGAGCUUCUUUAGGAUCUGGGGUACUUUCCAUCUGUGUGGUGUAUGAAGAAAUAAGACCAAGCUCAUUAUCCACGCUCAGGUUCAUCACUAAGACAAGCAUACUAUCCCUGGUCACUAACCCUUGCCACUGGCUAUGAGCUACCAGGACAGGACCUAAGCCAGCCUCAAGGAGUUCCAGGAGAUGAUGAUCAAGUCGAGGCUAUGGUUAGUCAGGGUGCAAUUCAGAGCGAGAUGCAUGGGAGGCUACCACACAGCAUCACCCACGGAGGGAGAGCUUGGAUGGAAGCUCUGCACCAGAGCAGCAGGGCUAGCUCUUCUUUAGGAGGAGCUAGUUAAAAAGUAGUAUUUUUAACACUAGGUUUUUUUUUUUUCUCUUAAAUAUUUCCUGCUUGAAUAUUACCCACUCACUUUCCCCUUCCAAGCCUUCCAAAUGUUUAUAUCCUACUUUUUUAUCAGUAGGUUUAAGCUUUCUAUGCAGCUAUCAAUUGUUGAAAUGCGCCUUUAUUCUGACUUACGGAAGUGUUUGUUAUUCUUCUUAAAGCAGGUACUACUGUUGGUGCCUAGGAGCUAGAAAUCUAGCCAUUGUCAUCUAACUGUUAACUGAGAUGAGAGGCGGUACCAAGGCUGUGCGCUUGCAGAGGGUUUUAAUCUGGUGCUGAAGAGUGAAAUCAGUUUAGAUUCUGGACUUUUAUUAAACUUUCUCCUAUACAUCCCUAAGACACUGGCUAUAAAAACUGAUAUCUAUUAAAUGCUAGGUCCCAUCAACUAGGCGUCCAUCCAGUGGCCACCAUGUCUCCAGAGUGAGUACCUGCUGACUCCACGGGCACUACAUGCAGUUUAAUCAUGCUGCCGAUAAAUGUCGGUUGUGUUUCUACAAAGUUCAGCACCUGGAAGUUUUUGUCUUUCGCGAACUCCAGAAAGUCGUCCUGUAGCGUCUUCAGUGCAGGAGAGUCUGUAAGGUCAGAGAAUGAGACAUGGAGAAAAGGUGUUCGUAUUUAACUCAGAGAGGAAAUUAAGUUUCUGAUUCAUGCCGGGCUGAGAUAGGAGAGCUGGCUAGGCAGGUAAGCCUUUGCCUCACAAAGCUGAGGUGAUGGCUACUCUUGGAUGUCUACUUGACUACAUCUGGAAUUAACUAAAAACUCAAACCACUCCUGGUGGGGGAUGUUUAGUUAACUGCAUCAUUUAAGGUAGGAAGACACACCUUAUAUCCAGAUCACUCGAGGACCAACCUUUAAUCUGAGCUACACCACCUAGAGGAGCAAAGUGUUUGCUCCUCACCGUUUGCCCUCACUCCUGCUCCACCAGCAUUAGAGCCUGGGGGUUGGGGGUGGGGUGGCUAUUCUGACAUACUGAAGAAAAUACAUAAUAAAUCCCAGAGAUAUGUUCCUUCUAUCAGUUCUGUUCCUCUAGAGAAAGAACCCUGACUAAUACACCUGAGGCCCUGUUUGGAUCCCUAGAACCUGUGUGGAAAGCCAGCUGUGGCUACACAACUGUAACUUACCUGGGGGUGCAGGGGGAGAACAGGAAAAAAACUGACAUCAGAAGUCUGAUCCAUACCUACCUCUGGGGAGUACAGGAAACCUACAGAGCACUCCAGUAUCUUCAGAACGAGUUGAGAAGACAGCAGACCACAACACACGAAGACACAACUAAAGAACCACCACCACAAUCAAGAGGCUGACAAGAGGUGUCCUGAGAGCAACUUGGCCACAAGGAAGCACCUGAGACCUGGAAAGGGGUCAUCUGAGCCCCGCAGCUCAUAUCUGAUAAGCAUCACUCUUGUUAACAUCCCAAGCUAUCCUACUGGAUAUAGGAAGAUCUCUUAGGUUCUACACCCUCAAGUCCAUGUUUAGCAGACCCCAGUAUUGCCUGUGCUCAAUCCUCAGGGCCCUCAUAACAGUGAACAGCAUGAAUAUACUCGGCAUGAAUAUACUCGGCAUGAAUAUACUCGGCAUGAGUAUACUCGGCAUGAAUAUACUCUGCAUGAAUAUACUCGGCAUGAAUAUACUCGGCAUGAAUAUACUCGGCAUGAAUAUACUCGGCAUGAAUAUACUCGGCAUGAGUAUACUCGGCAUGAAUAUACUCGGCAUGAAUAUACUCAGCAUGAAUAUACUUGGCAUGAGUAUACUCGGCAUGACUAUACUCUGCAUGAAUAUACUCGGCAUGAAUAUACUCAGCAUGAAUAUACUUGGCAUGAGUAUACUCGGCAUGAAUAUACUCGGCAUGAAUAUACUUGGCAUGAAUAUACUCAAUGCAGAGGCAUCAACAAAGGGACACUUUACCAAGGGAAGCAUAACACCAUGAAGGAAAGAUGAGUUCUCCAGAAACAGAGGAGAAGGACAUCUAUGAAAUGGUACAAAGGAAGUAGAUAGUGAAUCUAAGGAGACAGUGAAUGUAAGAGAACCAAGACUAUACAGCACGGCCAGAGAGAUGGAUCAGUAGGUUAGAGCAUAUGCCACUCCUACGGAGAACCUAAAGUUGGUUCCCGGCAGCCAUAUCCAUAACUCCAGCUCCAGGGGAUCCAAUGCCUCCACCUUCUGAGGGCCCUUGUACUCACGUGUGAGGAACAUGUGCAUACAUAUGCAUACACACAACACAAAAACAAUUCAGAACACGAAUGAGAGAUUGACCAAUGGCAAAAAUAAUUUUUAAAGAAAGAACCAAUCAGAACUUGAGACUUAAAAUUACAAAGGAGCAUCUUUGUCACAGAUUAGGAUGAGAGAAAGAACGUGAGCUUGAUGAUAGGUCUCAACUGAACUCAGUUAAACAAGGAAAGAAAGGAGGGAGGGGAGGGAAAAGGAAGAAAAAAUAUUCAUACUGUGGAAGUCAUAAAGUAACAGCCAAACUUCCAAACAGGCAGAGAUACAGACAUCCACGUACAGAGGUCAGGACCCCAGAGACACUCAGUGAACAAACCUGAUCAAAGCAAAGUUGUAGAAAACAGCAAGGAAAGGAUGGAGUGGCGUAUGCAAGAUUCUAAAGGAGAAACUGCCAACCAAGGACAGUGUAUCUAGCAAAAUUAUCUUCAAAAAUGACUCACCACCACCAGACUACAGCAGAAGACAAGUCAGCCAUUGUUAAAGCUCACAAAGGAACACGCGUUCACCAGACCCAACCGAAACUCCCAAAGCUACCAAACCAUACAAGCAUGCGGUGUAAAGGAACAGCCAACAAAAUGGCAUUCACACUACACACUCGCUAAGCCUGUAGAUGGUGAAUUAUCCUCUCCACCCAAAAGAAUUGAAGAAAAGAGGGACUUGUGCAGGGACAGCUGUGCUCUUAUCAGACAAAUCAUAUUUUAAGUCAGAAACAAUAAAGAGAGACAGACAGGAUCGGUUCAGCAAGAACACGCAGUAACCUUAGAUAUGCAUGCAUCUAACACAGAAUCACCCAAUCGGGUAAAACACGUAUUAGACCUAAAUGCAGAGCCGGAUUAACAGUGAGAGUUGAGACAUCCAGACCCCACUUUCCACUAUGCUAAGAUCAUCCAGAGAGAGCAAGCUGAAACCCUCCAUACACAGUGACAGGGCCUAACAUGGAUUCUUAACCCUCUCGCUCUCUCCAAAGCAGCAGAGAAACCCAUUCUUCUAUGCGCAGAGCUAAGCACAUGCUGGGCUCCGAAACCAAACAGUGCUUUAUAACUAACAUGCUGGCUCAAAAGUUCAUGUAUAUUUCGAUAGUUGAUGAUUUUCCAAAUUCAUGGAGAAAGGUAGUUUACUACUUUGGGAGAAAAACCAUAAUCUGUCUAGGUUUAAGUAGUUGAGAUAACUUAAUGGUCACGGCUGUAACUAGAGAAGAUAACUACCUAGGAACAAAAGAGAGAUGGAAGAAAAGUCACGCCAACCCAAAAGCUUUCAAUGGGUAAUCUAAACAAAAGUCUAGGCAAGUUUAAAAACAAGAUGGUACAUUUAUAGAAGAAAUGGUGAUUUUUUUUCCUUCUUUCGUGUAUUUAAUGUUCUACAACUUCAAUUUCCUUCCCAACAGCAAGUGUUACCUUUGCUGAGUUCUUUGACUUCCAGUGAGGGAAAGAGAAGAUAUCGAAUAUUAACGGAGUAUUCAGCCAAACGUGACCCAUGGUGAGGGACACUGUAAAAAAUAAUUCCUCUGGUAUUGUUUAUAAGAGCAUUCAGUUCGGGCUUCUUAGAGGCUUCCAACAGCAUCUUCUUCACAAGAAGACCUGCCACCGAAGAAAGAGAAGAGAGAGUGAGUUUCUUCCGUCCUCUCUACGCCUUCUCAAAAAGAGUAAGCAAACAAAACAGAGACGCUUUAAAAUGUAACUUCUCAGGGUAAGAGAACUGCCUUUACAGGAGAACACCACUGCAAAUGUGUCCCUAUGAGUCUACAAGCAGUUAAAAGACCACAGACUGCAAACCCUUCUCUCAUAGAUCUCACUGCCUCUGUGAGGCAGGUGUCAGUCACUGCCACCCACAUCCAGAGUCCCAGGACCCACCAAGGAAGGUCAGCUGCUAUGGGAAAGGCCCCCAGGAGCACCUAGCCAUGUUCCCUAGCCAGGAACAGCAACAGUGAGUUUCUGAGAAGCAGAAGGGCUACAUCCACCUUUCUCAGCAAAGGGCCCUGGCUGAGGCUCAGCCUAAGUCAUAGUAAUCAGACAGCCUAGCCUGGGGCUGGGCAGAGGCUGUAAGCCAGGCAUACAGAGAGCCGGGAGCUAGUUUGGAGGAGCGCAGGAGAAGUAAGGCAUGUAGCUGGAGCCAGGCUCCAAGCACAGCAGUCAGGCACAGAGAACCUGUGCUCACCACGCCUCAGCAGCACAGGCAGUGGCUGAGUGGAUAGGAAGGCAGGGAAGCCGCGAGGCCUGUGGCCAUGCUGGCUUAUUGGAGCUUCUUGGAGCCUAACGAUAAGCAUCCCACAGUGUAAUCUGAUUCAGAAUGAAGACAUGAAACCACCAAGCCACCAAUCUACGCCCUCCCACCCAGACUGUUAUUAGCUAUCCCCUUCUAAGAAAACGAACAGCAUGGAUGGAAAACAGUAACUUUAAAACUCUUAGCUAAAAUGUUAACUUGGUGUGGGGAGACUAGUAAGACAGACAGACAGACAGAACUUUCAGUUGGCUGAAACCCUGACAACUACCUCAUGAUGGCUGUCUGUGAAGAUGAGCCCAUCCUUACCUCCCAUGCUGUGUGAGAUCCAAAUCAUUGGCCUAUCCCCAACACCAGCAGCCCUGAGCUUGCUGAGAAGUUCGUUGCUUCUGAAUGCAAUCGACUUUCUGAACAAAACAAAAAUGCCAAGCAUGACAGGGGACGUACAUCCCCCACAUCUCAUUAUAGGAGGGGCUUCCAUCCCCCAAAUCUCAUGACAGGAGGCGUCCACCCCCCAAACCUUGCUGCCUAACUUAAGAGCAUUCACUAUUCAACGCUGUCUGCCCUCACUCCUGAGUGUAGCUAUACCAAUCUUAUUCUCUAUCUGAAACUUGCUCACACUAACAUAGCUGGGACUACUAAGCCCACAACAGCCACUCAUACACAAAACAAGCACUGUGUGAAUAGCAAAUGGAUCUGGCAAUUUGUACAGGUCAGACAUGGGUCAUUCCCCAGCUGCCCAGGGCAGUUACCUAUGGGGCCCCAUUUCAUCUACAGUCUGUCUUGAUUGUCUGAGUUUACUCCUACAGACAUUAAGCUUCUAUUCCUUGAGUUUAUGUAGAAAUACUAGAUGAUCAUCAGAGUUCAAAAUAAGUGAUUUCAGACCAAAAGGGACGUUAACGUCAUAGUGUGGUAGUCUGCUAGUCUCAUACUGUGUAUCUGCAAUACCUUUUUUGAGAGCAAAGAUUCCCAAUGUUCCCCUGGGAGACAACAGCUAGUGUUAGUGCUCCCUCCCUCUCAUGUUAUCCCUCCCCUUCCUCUCAGGCUAGUACUCCCUCCCUCUCAUGUUACCUCUCCAUAGGGCACCUUGCCCUCCAGUCGCUGAGACUCGUGUCGUACUCCACAGAUAUGAUGCGAAGUGAGGGGCAGUCCUUUGCUAGCCAUGUCUAAGUAAAAUGAAAAGCUGUGAGCAGAAGUAUCCAUUUCCCCAUCGGGCUACUUCCUAGUAAUUGCUCUCUGUAGCCAAAGGCCCCCUGCAAUAGACACUACAGAAGAUACUGGAAAGCAAGUGGGGGAGUGAAGAUGAAAAUAAGCAUCGUAUCUCUUCAUAUCUCUGGUCAUAAAAUGCCAUCAAUCUUUAUAAUGAAGGCGUGAGAACACUGUCAGACUUAAUCUGUAAUUGCCAAAAUCAAGACUUGUCUUGGCGGCUUUCAGCAGGUAGUAAAAGCUAUUAUCUCAGAACAGACUACACUUUGUGCUGGAUAACUGAGACGUGAGAGUUGGAAGCGAAUGAUAACUGCAGUCUGUCUCUGGGAACUAGGCGCUGAUGUCUCUAGGACUUAGCAUUCUGAAGCAAGAGAGACAGAGCCCUGGGAACUGUUCAUACAUAGAUGCACUGUCCUGCAUGAACUGGGAUAAAUCUCAGCCCAUGACCUCAUCCCAGAGUUGAGCUCGGAGGAAAUAAUGUCAGAGAAAUGCAGAGGAGAACUAACUACAUCACUCGCGUUUUUCUACUUCUAUAGUUAUGAAGGUCAUAAAGUUGGCUAUUACAAGUAUAUCUGGCUGUAUUAUUAAAUUAUGUAUCAACAAAGCAAGUGAUUACCCUACUUUUUAACUCAUUAUUAUUCUAGAGUCACAGAAUAUACACAACACAGGAUCACAAGCCCCGCUGAUAAUGAAAAAUCCCAUGAAUGUCUCCAAGAGCAAGCAGCAGCAGUGUGAGGGAAACCCCAGUGGCUCAGGACAGGGAAGCAGCCAUGAUGACCGCAGCAGCAAGUGCCAGUGUGUGGGCGGCAGCCACAGCUGCUGCUCCUUACCUUGGGCCAGCAUGUAGUGUACCUGUCUUCAUCCACCACAGCACUUUCAGUCAGAGCCCGCUGGCUGUCGUGCUGCCGCCAGGUUUUAAAUGCUGCUCCCAUUAGGCCAUGAAUAAAAAGGACAUCGGCUUUAAUGGGCUGACUAAGAGGGAAGAGAGUUUUAAAAAGAAGCAGAAUAAACGCAUUACUACUGUGGCAAGCUACACAGCAUUCUCUUUGGAGGGCUUUAGCAGGCUGACGUGACAUAAAGGAGACUUAAUUAGGGCAAACUUUAUCAACACACAGGGCUGCUGAGGGAUCCGGGAACUGUGACAGAGACAGGAGCACACUGUUCCUUCAGUGAAGAGAGACUCCGUUAAGCAGACCAACCACAGCGACUGUAAUGAACUCCAUGAUUCAGCAUGUGAGUGUCACCACCACGUGAUUAUCCUCCCAGUAAGUCUAUGCAGACACUCCACAAGCCAGUUGAGGUUUUUAAGAAGUUAGACAAGAAUACGCUAAUAUAAUGGCAAAGUCACUGGGCAUGAGAAAUGUCAGGGGACAUCCACAGGACAUGCAGUGGCCUCGUGGGGGAAACCCAAGAUAAUACGCCUCAUUCCAGGGUAGAAAGGACGCUUAUUGGCUCAGGCAGGAAGACACACAUACAGGGGGCUCACCCCGUACCUGACCUGCCUCACAGUUCUGUAACACCAGGACAAACCCGCCGUGAGGGAGCACCAGGGGUUGCUCCCAGAAGCAGCACGUAAGUAACUCUGAUCCAAACUCAGAUCCCAUCAGCUAGCACCGAAGAUUACAAUGCUCAGGGAAGAGAGAAAACACACACUCAAGUGGGAAACGGAAAUUCAGGGAAAGGGAAACCUUGUAGAAAAACUGUCAUUUUGUACUCUGGCUGGCUUAAUGUUUAGUAAUGACAUUAAUUCAAAUGGUAAGAAAUGGGAACCAUUUGACAUUGCUAAUUUUGUGUGUUCCUGUAUGUACACUAAAAGUCCUGGGCAGAAGCAAAAAUCAUACAUGAAAUUUAAACUCACUAAACUAAGGAUAACACUGCCAAUUAAUUAUUAAUAAGCUAAUGAAUGCUUAGAAAAAUACCAUUUUUAAAACAUUAAAAAUAAACAAAAUUUUGGAGGUUAUAUCUAUCACACACAAUCACAGAUGAAGUCUACAGAAUGUCACUGGUCUCAGCCCUCCUCGACCCUGCCUUUUUCCCCUCUUCCUCCUCCCUCUCCAGUGACCCCAUGUGGAAAACAGGAUUAGACAAAAGAGAUGAUCAGUCACUGCCUUACUCCCUAGACACGCGCUAGACUCACACCAACAGCUGAGAUGUGAGGCUCAAGGCCCUCUGGGGAUUUUCACAAUUACUGAUCACCCACUGACCUACAAAGCAGGGGUCUCUGACUUGAUGUUUCCCUGAGCAAGUGAGUCUCUCUCCUUCCUGGGCCGAAAGCUCUCACAGUGGGCAGAGUCAUCAUCCCAAGCUGUGUAUGAAGCAUCACUGUUGGCCACUGUUAUCUUUUCCUGGCUCCUCUUACAUCUUGGAGACACAACAUUCCUAGCUCCUUUGUACUGGGUGCCCUCUGGUCUACUGUAACCAUGUCCUAACUGUGGGUACUCUCUGGUUUACUGUAACCAUGUCCUAACUGUGGGUGCCCUCUGGUCUACUGUAACUAUGUCCUAAGUGUGGGUGCCCUCAGGUCUACUGUAACCAUGUUCUAACUGUGGGUGCCCUCCGGUUUACUGUAAGCAUGUCCUAACUGUGUCCUUCCAGUCUAUGUUCAUAACUGCUGUUGGAAGGCUGCACCAUUGUGUUUGUUGGUUCCUAUUCUUUGAGACUCAAGGAAGUUUCUGUCUCUUGCUCUAACUAUAGGUUUUUAGGAAUUUGGACUGUUUUUCCUACUAAGCCCAAGAAGGCUGCUAUCUCAAGAUCAUCCUCUCUAAAGCGUAUAUAUAUAUAUAAACUGAAAUGAAACAAAAAAUUACAAAAGAUACAUUUUAAAUCUAGGUAAUAUGAAAAUUAUUUAAGAAAAUAGCAAGAAUAAGAGAUUUAAGAGUUUAACAAACUAAAAGGUGAUUCUAAUUUAAUUAAUUUUGUUAAAAAUUCUGAUUCUCACUUCUUUUUAAACUCACUAAUUUGCUUUGCUUUAUAUGUUUUAACAGAAAGGUUGCAUUAUCUUGGUUUAUCAAUUUCUGUGUGCUAUUGAAAUGUUAUUUGAUAUGUAUACAUGAUAAAGCUCCCCCAAAAGUAUUCCGCUGAAAUCAGCUUACAACCGACCACAUAAAAUUAGUCACAUGCGAUGGGAAUUUGAGGACAAAGGCUUGAGCUGCAGUAGCACACAGCCUGUCCCUAGUGUGCCUGUCAAAGAGACAGUAAUAUGACAACAAGUUCCAUGGAUGUGGCCUUGGGAAGGACUAAUAAAGGAGACCAACAGCCCAAAGCCCACAGGGUGGGGGUGAGGUGCACAGACAUGAGCUUUAAAGGUAAGAAGGACCGGACAGCAGACAUGUAGUGUACAGAACUGAACCACCGCCUUGGUGAGGUGUGGGCUCCAUCACUGUCUGGGUGUGCGCUCUAUGAGGCAGACUGGUCUAAGAGCUUGCUGCUUGAGGGACACCAGUUCUUGGGAUGUAGUUACUCACACUCCAGGAUACAGCAUCACCUUCAAGGAUGACUGUCCUCACCUGAGUGGCCCAGAGGGCUCUGCUGUCCUCAAAGUGCAAGGUGAUUGGAAGCUUAGGACAAUAACUUACCCUGUGCCUCUAGCUCUGAGGAGUAUAAAGGAAAUGAGGUCACUGAGGUGGGUCCCCGUGAGCAUUAAUAAGCCUAGACUCAGGCAGGAGCAUGGCCCAGAGUAAGGAGACAAAGUAGAUCCAAAUGGAAAGUUGAUAGGUUUUAGCAAAGGCGACAGCACCCCUGCUAUUAGGACUUAAACUGAUCACUAAUUAACUAUUUAAUUAGAAAAUAUAUUGCUUUCUUGUUUUGUUUUUCCAGACAGGAUUUCUCUGUUUAGCCCUGGAUGCCCUGUUACUCAUCAGACUGGCCAUGAACACCAAGAUCCACCUGCCUUUGCCUCCUGAGCCUGGCUAAGAAAAUAUUUUUCUAAACUCAAAAGUUUUAUAUAGAAGUAUAAAGCAGAAAGGAGCCAUCAAGUAUGAGAAAGAAGUAUAAACCAUUAAAAUAGUUUUGGGUUAAAACAAGGCUGAAAGCAAGGGAAAUUCUUUGCCCUGAGAAUCAGCCUGGUAAAAAAUAAGGUUCUGUCCUAAUGGUUCUUUACAAAGUAGAAAGAAAGAAAGAAAAAAGGACAGCCCUGCAGGGGGCAGUGUGACCCAAGGUACAGCAGAGAAAGGUUAAAAAGUGCACGAGCAUGCUCAUGUGUGUCUGUGUGUGUCUGUGUGUAUCUGUCUGCAUUCACAUGUGUGCAUAUGACCACACUUUUCAUCCCGUGGGUUCAGAACUAAAAGGAAUGAGAUGUCACAUUACGAAAGCAGAAAGGUGGCCGAGGGAACACAGCUUCUGUUUCUUUAACCAAUGGACUUCGCAAAAACUCAGGAUUUGACUGGCUUCUUGUUGAGCUAAACUAAAUAGGAACCAACAUUCCCACUAUAUACCACUAGGGGGCCAUCCUUGCUCCACACAUUUCCUAUUUCUCUUGUGCAGGCUUUUAAAAACAAAUGGUUUUGUCUUUUUUACAUAAAUGUUUUCAAGGUGUGAAGAAAAAAAACAAUGAUUUGAAUUUAUUCAAAUGCCUCCAAAUAGGCUCCAACGUUUCCAUCAGCCAAAAGCUAAAAUGUCACCAGGUGACAGGGACACCUACUCUGGGAAUGUCCCCCUGCUUUGCUGUCUCCCACCUACUUGAUGCUUCCACCAGAAUAUCAUAAAUGUAUUUACUCGUGACUUUCUUCAUUUUGUGACUCUAAGAAGCUGGCUUUGCCUGCAGCUGGCUGGCCCGAUGCACAGAGGCUCACUCAGCUGGGAACACACUCUCUUCUUCCUCCUGCUCAAGUGAGAGCUGAUUGCACUGCUCAUUGUAACAUUGUAUUUGUCAUUAGACUGAACCAAUAAAACCGUGUUUUUUUUUUUUU